AUGCCUCUUAUAGGCCUCAGAUAUUUUCCAUCAAAGCAACGUUUGGACCUUUGCCGGUCAGGGCUCUCCAGGAAUGAAGCACUGUCCGAAUCCUGUGUCUCCAGACCCAAGCAGAGGCUGCAGCUCGUGGUCUGUGCGUUGCUAGUUGAACUGUGCGAGAGGUUCACCUUUUUUGGGACAGUUUGCAAUAUGAUCCUAUUUUGCACAUUAAAGCUUGGCUACGACAACAACGAGGCGGCCAUUGUAAACCUAUGCUUUGUCGGGACAUGCACAUUUACGCCUGUACUUUUAGGAUGGGUGGCAGAAUCCUGUGUUGGAAGGGUUAAAGUGAGUUACGCCUGCGCGUUGCUGCAUUUUGUGGGUACUGCGCUACUACCAGUGGUUGCUUUUCCAUUUGAAGAUUUUUAUAUCGACACAAACAAUAUUGUUCACACUUUGGGACAAAGGGAGCAAACAUUACUUUUUUAUUCUGGGUUAAUUAUGGCUUCCAUUGGAAUUGGAGGGAUUCGAGCUGUCGUGUGCCCAUUAAGUGCCUACAAUUUGAAGGGGUACAAAGAAAAGGAGCUGACAUCUUUCUUCAACUGGUUUUAUUGGUUGGUUAACCUAAAUUCACUGGUUGUGUUUUCCGGCAUCUCGUAUAUUCAGCAAUCAGCAGCUAAAAACCUGGGGUUCCUUAUCCCCUUCAUGUCAGUCAUAAUGGCUCUCAUAACCAUCCACAUGAUCCGAAAUGAUCUCCUAGAUCGACCUAAGAAAGGUGGCUCUCUGCUCAUACCAGUUGGUGUAUUUACCAAUGCAUUAAGAUGCUUCAUUAAGUAUCGUCACAUCAGGUCGCAUUGUACCACCUGGAUAGACUGCGCCAAAGAACAUAAUGGAGGUUGGUACAGUAACUCACAAGUUGAAAACACGAAGGCUCUCGGGAGGCUAUUCCCACUCUUUGCUUGCCAGGUUCUCUACAGAAUUUGUGCCACACAGGUUUCAUCUGGAUAUUUCAUUCAAACCAUGAAUUCAAAUCUAAAUUUAAAUGGAUUUCUCUUUCCAAUUGCCAUUAUGAAAAUAAUUAGUAUUGUUCCGUUGUUAAUUAUCGCUCCUUGUUUUGAAUGUGUUCACGGAUACCUGUUUGCUAAAACUGGGCAUGGAUUGUCACCAUCUGCAUCAAUCGUUUAUGGUCACCUCUGUGCAUCUCUAUCAUUACUGGUCGCAGGGGUCUAUGAAAUCUACAGAAAGAACUUCCCACUGGUGGAACAGACUCUUUCUGGCAAGGUUCUCCAGGUUUCCACAAUGUCUGCCUUUCACUUGGCCCCUCAGUAUGCUCUGCUGGGCUUGGCUGAAGUCCUGGUCAUUCCUUCCUGCUCUGUCAUAACAUUCAGACUUGCUCCAAGUCGAAUUCGAGGCAUGUCGAUGAACUUCCUGACACUUUUCAAUGCAGUGGGCUGUUUCACAGGAGCUCUGGUGGUUGAAGUUGUGUUUUUAAGCUCAGAUGGUGGUUGGUAUCCGGCAGUAUUGGCUGCCGGUCAUCUAGAGAAUUUUUUCUUCCUUUUGGCUUCUUUGAUGCUCCUAAAUACUCUGGGAUUCUGGCGAAUUUCCCACAAAUAUAAAGAUCUGGAUGGAGAGCCUGACCAGGGAUUUAGAGGAGGCCUGCUCGAGGAGAAAUUACUACUACAUGAAAAGUCACUGAAAUUUUAUGACAGUGUUUUUGAAUGGUCUACACAUUUUUCUCCUAUGGAGACAAUGGUAUAACGGAACCCAAUGUUGUUCGAGCUGGAAUCGACUCCUCCUCAUCGUGACUGAAUGAUGUGGAUGUUGUUAACUGCCCAGUCAACCCAAUGUUGGUCGAGCUGGAAUCGACUCCUCCUCACCGUGACUGAAUGAUGUGGAUGUUGUUAACUGCCCAGUCAGCCCAACGUUGGUCGAGCUGGAAUCGACUCCUCCUCACCGUGACUGAAUGAUGUGGAUGUUGUUAACUGCCCAGUCAACCCAACGUUGGUCGAGCUGGAAUCGACUCCUCCUCCCUGUGACUGAAUGAUGUGGAUGUUGUUAACUGCCCAGUCAGCCCAACGUUGGUCGAGCUGGAAUCGACUCCUCCUCACCGUGACUGAAUGAUGCGGAUGUUGUUAAUUGCCCAGUCAUUCGUUAAUCUUCUAUGACAUUAUUAGCUGCUCUUACCACCUGAUGCAGACAGUGGAUAGGAAGA